AUGUCACACGCCAUGAACGAUGAUGAAGUCAUUACCGAGCUGAAAAAGAUGGUGGCGUUUAUUCGCCAGGAGGCUGUUGAGAAAGCACGUGAAAUCCAGGUCAAGGCAGAUGAAGAAUUUGCCAUUGAAAAGGCCAAGAUUGUGCGCCAGGAAGGCAUGAAUCUGGACUCGCAGUAUGAAAAGAAGAUGAAACAGGUCGAAGUAUCGCAAAGAAUUACCAAGUCGAAUCAGAGCAAUAAGGCCAGGCUGCAGGUGCUCAAGUCCCGAGAAGAACACCUCCAAAACUUGUUCACAAGCGCACAGGACCAGCUCACGAAGCUGAGUAGCAAUGAAAAGACAUACAAGAAACUCCUCUGCAAGCUCCUGGUUGAGGGUCUAUUGAUUUUACAUGAAAAUGCCGUCGAAGUCGAAGCUCGCUCAGGCGAUGUGCAGACGAUCCAAGGUCUUCUUGACGAUGCCAUCAAGCAAUACAAGGAUACAACUGGUCGUGACACUCGUGUCCACGUCAGUGAUGGCCUCUCCAAGGACUGUGCCGGUGGCUUUGUCAUGACGGCAAAGAACGGCAAGAUUCGUCUAGACAACACGCUUGAGCAACGGCUGAAACUUCUGGAGGAACAGAUGUUACCGGAAAUCCGAUUUGCCUUGUUUGGUCCAAACAAGCAUCGCAAAUUUUUCACGUAG